GAUCCUCAUUCUGCUCUCAAGGAAGGGUAAAUUCAUCUAUUAGGAGCCAUUGUUGCAGACUUAAUCGAAGACUAUUCGCCUCCCUUUUAGCGCCAAUUCUUCUGAAAUUCUUGCCAUUUUGGAAGGGAUUGAGUUUGUAAUUGGAGUAUUGGGGACCUAAUUCAUAUUGGAAUCGGCCUCAUCUUGAUUGAGAAUCAAGUUCUCGCCGCCAUUGGAGUCUCGAUAAACUAUUUCUCGAGUACAUUCAGACGCCCAAAUUUGGCAGGCCAUGGAAAUUCAAACGUGAGUCCUUUUUUGACUGAAGAGGGGGGCACAUGCUUGGGGCAAGCCUUAUCUCUUUGCCAGUGGGCUCACAAUCAAUACGGCGACAAGAAGUGCCUGCUAACACCGUCACCGUCAGCAGUCCAUGUGAUCUUUCAGCAAAUUGGAUCCUUCGAGUAACUCACGUGUAGACAUUUUGGUGAUUCACUUAAUUAACCUCAGCCUAACUGUUUACUUCGAAUUAGGCGAAUACCAUCGUACCAACUGGGGGCCAUGUGAAAUCAUCCGUGUUCCUCACAGGGCUUUCAAUUUCUGAGAUGUUGAGAAGGUUUUUAACCUUUUUGAUACUGUAAUGGAUGCUGGAAGUUCUGAAUCCCCAAAUAUGGGUAGCAACAAGACCAUAGUAUGGUUUCGGAGAGACCUCAGGAUUGAGGACAAUCCUGCUUUGACUGCCGCUGCUAGGGAUGGUUUUGUAUAUCCUGUGUACAUAUGGUGUCCUAAAGAGGAGGGACAAUUCUAUCCUGGUCGGGUAUCGAGGUGGUGGUUGAAGCAAUCCCUUGCCCAUUUAAAGCAGUCAUUGAAAUCCCUUGGCGCUGAUCUUGUGCUAAUGAAAACUCGGAGUACUAUUUUCUCUCUUCUGGAGUGUAUCAAUGCUACUGGGGCAACAAAAGUAGCAUUUAACUCUCUCUACGAUCCCAAUUCACUUGUCCGAGACCAUGAUAUUAAAGAAAAACUAGUAGAACUCGGAAUUUCUGUGCAUAGCUACAAUGCUGAUCUUCUUUAUGAGCCAUGGGAUGUAUGUGAUGAAAGUGGGAAUGCUUUUACAAUCUUCAAGGAAUAUUGGGAUAAAUGUCUACUUUUGCAAAAGGAAUUUGUUUCAACUCUCCCUCCAUGGAAACUACGGCAGGCUGCAGGAACGGUGGAUAAUUAUUCCAUUGAGGAACUAGGUCUUGAAGAUGAAUCUGAGAAAUCUAGCAAUGCAUUAUUAGCAAGAGCUUGGUCUCCAGGCUGGAGCAAUGCUGACAAGGCUCUGGCUGAAUUUGUAGAAAAUCAUCUGCUAGAAUAUGCCAAAAAUAGGCAACAGCUAAUUGGUAGCUCCACAUCUCUACUGUCCCCAUACCUACAUUUUGGUGAAGUAAGUGUAUGCAAUAUUUUCCAAAAAGUGAGAAUGAAACAAAUAUUGUGGGCAAGAGAGGGAAACUCCGUGGGGGAACAAAGCACGAAUCUGUUUCUCCGGGCUAUUGGGUUUAGAGAAUAUUCCCGUUAUAUAUGCUUUAACUUUCCAUUCACCCAUGAGAGAUCAUUACUGAGCAGCCUGAAGUUCUUUCCUUGGCAUGCCAGCCAGGAUAACUUUAAGGCUUGGAGGCAGGGUCGAACUGGUUACCCACUGGUUGAUGCAGGAAUGAGAGAGCUUUGGGCAAGUGGAUGGAUACAUAACAGAAUAAGAGUGAUAGUUUCGUCCUUCGCAGUUAAAGUUUUGCUUCUUCCAUGGAAAUGGGGAAUGAAGUAUUUCUGGGACACUCUUUUAGAUGCAGAUUUGGAAAGUGAUAUCCUUGGUUGGCAAUAUAUUUCUGGGAGUUUGCCAGACGGCCAUGAACUUGAGAGAUUGGAUGAUCCACAGAUUCAAGGUUCCAAAUUUGAUCCUGACGGAGAAUAUAUUAGGCAUUGGCUGCCUGAGCUUGCACGAAUGCCGACCGAGUGGAUACAUCACCCUUGGGAUGCACCUCAAACUGUCUUACAAGCUUCGGGAGUUGAGUUAGGUUUAAACUAUCCAAGACCAGUAGUCGAGUUAGAUUUGGCUGUUGAACGAUUGACAGAAGCCAUAGUCAAAAUGCGGGAAAUCGAGGCAGCUGUUGGGGCGAACUCAAAUGGUACAAAUGAAGUUGUUAUGGAUAAUGCCGAUGGGAUUCAACGCUUGCCUACUACAAAUGUUGUGUCAGUAGCAAAAACUUGUGCAACUAAUUCUUCUAAUGAUCAGAAGGUGCCCACAAUUCAAAAUUCAAAGGUUAACAAUCCGUUGAGUAGAAAGCGGUCCAAAGCCCUGGAAGAGAGAGGGGAAUUUCACCACAACAAGAACAUACCCAGUGAAGCUGGGACCUCGAAAUCGGACGAAGAUUUACGUUCUACUGCCGAAUCUUCAUCAUCUAAGAAACCAACCCCAACCACCAGCAGAACUUCUUUUUCUGUUCCACAGUUUUGUUCCUCAUCAAAAGGGCAGCCACAGUCAUCUGAAGAAAAUUCUGAUGGAGGGUUCAAUCAAGGAUAGUGAGAGCCGCUGGAUGAUAAUGGUUUCAAAUCUCUACUAAACGACGCUAGUUCUACCACAACUAGACACCGAUUGUUGGCAUGUUCGCACCUGACAUUUGGUACACUUUUCCAUCUCCAAGUUACCUAGUUUAGAUGCCUUCUCCCAUCUAUCUGUACAUAUAAACAAAUACACUCGUAAUGCAUAAAAGUGUAUACAACUCUUUUUGCAAUUUGUGUCCAAA